AUUGAUGGAGGCAAGAGAAGAGAGCGGGGGUUUCUGGGAGUUUCGCUGCACAGCUGGUGGGAGUUAAUAGCUACCCAGUUUUAUCCGUAACGCGCCUUGAUUGGCAUUCUUGGGUAAAGGCAGGCGGGAAAAGCUUGGGGGGGAAAGUUGCCAGGGGGGAAUAGUGGGGAGAAUUAGGAGAGGUGAAAGUCAUUGAAGUAGGAAGACUGAACCAGGAACAGACAAGUGGGACUCAACCUCUACCAACCCUUCCAUCAGACGGUGACCUUACGCUUUAUCUACCGCUUAGUUUCAGCCACGUGUUGUGAGCGACGCCAGACUUCUUGUUACAAAUUGAUGGAUAGCUGUAAAAUCAUAUUUGAAACAAAUCUGUGUUCAUGAAGAGUGCCUACACAACAUGUCAAGAAAAAAAGAUCCAAUCGAAUUGUUUCAUUCUGGGCAGCUGGUAAAAGUCUGUGCUCCAAUGGUUAGAUAUUCAAAGUUGGCUUUUAGAACACUCGUAAGAAAGUACAGUUGCGAUCUGUGCUAUACACCAAUGAUAGUUGCUGCUGAUUUUGUCCGAUCCGUAAAAGCCAGAGACAGUGAAUUUACCACAAACCAAGGUGAUUGCCCAUUGAUUGUUCAAUUUGCUGCUAAUGAUGCAAGACUUCUAUCUGAUGCUGCUCGUAUUGUCUGUCCUUAUGCAAAUGGAAUAGACAUUAACUGUGGUUGCCCUCAGAGGUGGGCAUUAGCAGAAGGUUAUGGAGCUUGCUUAAUAAACAAGCCAGAGCUUGUUAAAGAUAUGGUGAAACAAGUGAGGAAUCAAGUGGAAAAUCCCAGAUUUUCAGUAUCUAUUAAAAUAAGGAUCCACAGUGACCUUACAAGAACUGUAGAUCUCUGUCGGAAGGCUGAAGCAACAGGAGUUUCCUGGAUUACAGUCCAUGGAAGAACUGUUGAAGAAAGACAUCAGCCAGUUCACUAUGAGGCCAUUAAAAUAAUUAAAGAAAGUAUGUCUAUACCUGUAAUUGCUAAUGGAGACAUCAGAAGCUUAAAAGAAGCAGAAAAUGUGUGGCACAUGACUGGGACAGAUGGUGUGAUGGUUGCAAGAGGACUAUUAGCAAACCCGGCCAUGUUUGCUGGAUAUGAGGAAACCCCACUGAAAUGCAUCUGGGACUGGGUUGACAUUGCUCUUGAACUUGGAACUCCUUAUAUGUGUUUCCAUCAGCAUUUAAUGUACAUGAUGGAAAAGAUAACUUCAAGGCAAGAAAAGAAAGUAUUUAAUGCUUUGUCUAGCACAUCUGCAGUCUUGGAUUACCUUACAGACCAUUAUGGGAUUGACCGGUCUUCCUAAAUUAAUAUAUUCUUCAUUUUAUACGUGCAGGGAAACCAACCAAGGUCACAUUUUGGUUUUUACUUUGAAUCAUUGGCUCCCAAACAUUAGUAUAAAAACAGUGCCCUGAGAGGAUUUUUAAAAAUCAUUCCUAGAUUGUGAUUCAGUAGAUCUCUAGGGUGGACCCAAAAUUUAGUUUUAAAGAAGACCGCAGGUGGUUCAAACAUUGACAAACAUUGCUUUGAAUCCUAUUAUUGAUUAGAAAAUGUGAGAAUUUUUUCCCUAAUCAUGUUUUUAACAUUUUUAAAUAAAACUUUUUAUUUUAAUACCACAAAGAUGACUCAUACAGUAUCUGUAAGUUGACAUGAAGUAUGUUUUAAAUGAAAAUAAGUGCCAAAAAUUGAGAAAAUAAACACCAACAUCUCUAUAAAUGAAAAAGAACAAGAAAUUCUGGAUAAAAUUGCAUUCAGGGCUUAAAUUAAAAGUAUACAUUGGAAAAUCAAACUGCCACUUCCUAAUUCAUGAAUUCCACACUCAAGGUAAUUGUCUUAAAUUGUAUAUAACAGGGAUUAACUGGAGUUCCAGUUGUGGUGCAGUGGAAAUAAAUCCAACUAGGAACCGUGAGGUUGCUGCUUUGAUGCCUGGCCUUGCUCAGUGGGUUAAGGAUCUGGCAUUGCCGUGAGCUGUGGUGUAGGUCGAAGACAAAGCUCAGAUCUGACGUUGCUGUGGCUGUGGCGUAGGCCAGCAGCAACAGCUCUGAUUAGACCCCUAUCCUGGGAACCUCCAUAUGCCAAGGGUGCGGCCCUAAAAAAACAAACAAAAAAAGGCAGGGAGUUCCCGUUGUGGCUCAGUAGAAGCAAACCAGACAAGUCUGUGAGGACACAGGUUCAAUCCCUGGCCUGACUCAGUGUGUUAAGGAUCCAGUGUUGCUGUGAGCUGCAAUGUAGGUGCUGUAGGUCGAAGACGAGGCUCGGAUCCCAAGUGGUUAUGGCAGCUGUAGCUCUGAUUCAACCCCUAUCCUGGCAACUUCCAUAUACUGCAGGUGUGGCCCUAAAAAAUAUAAUAAUAAAAGCAAAUAAAUAGUAUGUAACAAUUUGGUUAGAUGUGCUGUUUUCUAUGUUUAAAACUAAGAUUCCAUGAAUUUUUUUUUUUUUUGUCUUUUUCUAGGGCCUGAAAUUCUUUAAGUGACAUUAAAUUUGUCACAUUUUGAGGCUUCUAGAUCCUUAGAAGAUUGAGAGCUAUUUCCAUCCCCACAUCCUAAGUAUAAAAAGUUUGGUAGCUAAUCUGGAUAUGAUUACACAGUCAGUCCCUGGUGCUAGACAAUUUUGUAUAUGGGAUUUGAGGAUCCACAGACACUCCUAUCUGUGAGAGACCUGGAACCAAUCCCCCAAAGAUACCAACGGGCAAAUGUAUAUUUGAAGUAUUAUUUCCUGGAGAAUGGCAACCAGGUUUUUAUUUUUAAUUUAAAAACCUAAUUUUCAUACACUGUUUUUAGUAAUGUUAUUUUUAAGCCUUUCAGCAGUUGAUGUUUUAACUUUAAAGUUCCAUGGUUUGGGAAUAUACUAGUAGAAUUUUGUUGGUGGUGAAUGUGCUACUGCAGGAGUUAUCUUGGGUUAAAAUAAAAGUUCCAUAAUUAAUAUACUCAUCUAUUAUAACUAAAAACGGUUAUAAAGAGACUAUAAUCUAAAACAGUUUAGUUCAAGAGUUUGGGGAUAUUAAAUGAAUCCAUUUUAACAUAAGCACUGUGUUGCCAUUUUUUAGGCACAUUCUUUGCUCUCAUUUCUGUUUAUUUUUAAAUUACUCAAUGAAUUUUAUUACAUUUAUAGUUGUACAGCGAUAAUCACAACCAAAUUUUAUAAAAUUAGCGGGAUUUUUUAAGGAUAACCGGCUUUUUCAUUAAAUGUAAAUAGUGUAUAAGCAAAUAGGAAGCUGUAGUCAAAACUUAAGUCAUUUUUUAUGUUUGCAAAUACUUCAGUGUUGUGAGAACAACAGCGUAAUUAAAGGGCACAGCUUUUCCAAGGAACCGGUGUAGAAAGGCAAGGAGUCUAAACGAAUUUUUUUUUAAGUUCCUCAUGGUUAAUUUUGUGUUGUAAAUUUCGUUUCUAUGUAAUCAAGUAUAUUUGUGAGAAGAAAAAGCACUGACUUAAA